AUGUGCUUGCGCAAGAUUCCGGAAUGCAUCGCGGAUAUAGACGCGUGGGAUCGGCAACAGUUAAAAGAUAGCGGAGUCAAAUCGAUAUGGGGCAUCUCUGAUGCAGCUUCGGAUCUGUUUGACCAGCUGGAAGCUCUGGGGUCGCCGAGUUCUGGAUGGCGCCCAUUACGGCUUGUGGUUCGUUCUCAAGCUGUGCACCUGCUCUCCAAUGCCGUUUCUGAUGGACUCUUCCGACCAGAGUUUUGCAAUCUCCUCGUGCGGCUCUGCGUUCAUUUGAACGGCAAUCAGGAGGCUGCUUUGCUGGUGGCGUCGAUCAGUAGACGCCGAUCUACCGAGCUCCGACUUAGGACGACUCACCUCAGCGAGAGCAGGGAACUCUCCACGCUGUGGGUGCUGUUGGAGUCUCUCAAAGGGAAGAAGAUACCUGGUCCCAUUUUUGAAUGCGUCUCUGGCUUGAUCAACAAGGGACUUCUCUCGUCAUCUUGGAUUUCCACACGGGCUUUCUCUGGUUUCUGGAUCUCCAGCCUCGAAGGCUUAACCUCCGGAAACGCGAAGCCACACGUGGUGGAAUUCAUGUGCAUAGCUAUAUGGACGCUUGCCCGGGGCAACCGACCCAAAGCCAGUGACUGCCGUGCUAUUGAGCAGACUCUCAUCCGCGUUGCGGCUGGUUUGGCAGUCGCAGCGUUGACUUUGGAGGCCCAAAUCAUUCUCGAAGAGCGGGAGCAGAGAAAGGGAGCGUGGAGGCGGUUGGUCCAUGUGCUUGAACGCAGUAUCUCACUUAUUGCACGGUAUAGGAGCCGUAAAAGCCCACCCGAUACUGCCUCCUUUCUGCUCGUCUUUGCACGCUACCUUGCGGUGGCGCACUCCGCUCUGGCGAGUCCGGCUUUCAAGAGACGGGUUUCAGAGGAGUUUGAAAUCAUGGCUCAUAGGAUCGACACCGCUGCCAACAAAGGCGUCCAAUACCAACAGACAACCAUCCUGCUGUGUGCCGUCAUACAAUGCCGCCGGCGCAGCAGCGCAGCCUCGAGUCAGGAAAUACUCUCCGACGUC